AUGGUAGCCACUGGACAAAAACAGCAAACUUUAGCCUCACGCUCCAACUCUUAGUUGUUGCAGAAAUGGACCCUCUAUACUGUUUACUUUGUGCAUCUACAUCAUAUAGCUGACUCUACCUUUAACUAGUUUUGUCUCACAGAUUAACUGGUAUCUAUCAUUUUCAAGUGUUAUGAGAAUUUGAUCAUGAGUGAUAGCAAUCAAGGAAAGAAAGUCUGUCAGGAGCAUUUUGAUGCAGAUUGCUUCAAGUAGCAUUUCUAAAGGUGCAAUCUGUAAAAUGAUAUCUAUGGUGUUCAGGGAAUUAUAUUAUGUGUGGGGGGAAAUUAACCUGUAGCCUUAGACCAUAUUCUUUCUAUGAGAUUUACACAUCAGCAGCUCAUAAUAAUUUCUAUGAUACAGUAUAUUUGUAGUGAGAGCAACAUUACUUACCUCCACAUUUGAUGUUACAUGCCAUUUCGUUAUAAACAUUGGAAUGAAGUAAAAGGUCCUUUAGUCGUUAGCAACUAUUUAAAAAAUCACCAGGUCUUUUGCUGCUGCAUUAGUUUUAAUUACCAAUGACCAUCAGGACAUCUUACAGAUUGCACGUUUUUAAGGCGAAUUGGGAGCAACAUUCUAACACCUCAAAAGGACAAAGCUUUCGGUCCAAAUACUUAAAAGACACACCCUAUCCCCCUCAGCCCUCAAAUUAAGUGGACACUUCUGAUGACGUUAUCAUGACGUCUGACGAGUAUACACUUGCAGGGCGAGGGAGGAAGGAAUGAUUUUUAAAUGGACCCCGCUUGGCCGGAAAUUCUUUACUCCUUCGUGCCACGAUGAUUGUGUUUUCAGCCACCGGUGGCUUGUCGGUGCUUUAUAUGCACUACAUUCAAUUAUGAGUGCAUGUCUACUUAUAUUAAAUAUAUAAUUAUUAAUAUACGCCUACUGUAUAAUAGCUAGCAAAUGAAUUAGCUAACUAACGUUAGCCUGCCUAGCUGGAACUUGUGAAGGGAAAUGUUUUAUUUCUACAAUUUCCAAAAGAUAACCAAACAAAAAUAGAUUUCGACCACCCGCCAAGAUGGCGACGGGGAUUCCCCCAAGGGCAUACGGCGAGGGGGGACCAGCAGCUCUGCAAAGCCCAGGAGGCCCAGCGUGUAGAGCGGGCUGUGCUGCUGGAAGCUGUCCAGGGCCUGGAGAUUGAGUUGUCUAAGUGCCAGCAGAGACAGAAGGACCUGCAGGACACUUUCUCCACAGCCCAGAGCCACUGGAGGGCCCAAGAGGAGCGGCUGCACCAUGAAGGUAACAAUGGCACUCAUCUUCAUCUAAAAUGUGUGUUUUAUAAUUUGGUGCAAUGUUUCCCAAUCUGUUUCUUGGGGAAGAUCCUAGAAUUUGCUCCAAAAAGGCCUGUUUCAGCAGUGCGUGUGUAUGUGGUGUGUGUGUGUAUGUGUAGUGUCCUCCCUUACCUGUUUGUUGGGAGACCACAGGCAGAUGACCGACAGUUUGAUUGAGACAGUCAAAACCGAGCAGAAGAAAGCAGCCAAUCAGUUUGCAGAGCGGAGCACGGAAAAGCCGGGCAAACAAGAUGAGAUGGUUGCUGAUGCUGCUGAAGGCAUGGGCUACAAUCAGAGCAGGCCCCGGCUGCAGCGCACCAUGAAGCUCCACUCCGACCUGCACCAGGCCUUAGAGGGCCUCCAGCUGCAGACAACAGCAUCACCCUCCCUAUUAUUAGACCCCAUGAGAUCCUACCAGGUCUCCGUCCAGCAGCUUCAGGAGGAGCUUCAGAGAGAGAAGGACCAAGUAUCGAGGCUGGUGGAGCGUCUGGAGAGGGCCGAGCAGAAGUCAGAGGAGCUGAGGCAGCAGCAGGAGCAAGACGCCAAGGAAAGCUGGAACACUGUCCACCAAGAGAUGGAGACCAACCAGGAGAUGGGCGGCAUGGUGGAGCGGAUGAGGGGGAAGGUGCAGGAGUUUAGCACCAUACUGCUACGCAAGAUAAGCUGGGGUGGAUGGGCUGGGAUGAAGGAUGAGGAGGAAGAAGAAGAGGAGAGGAAGCCUGCAAACACCCUUAACUCAGAGUGCGUAAACCAGUGUCAGGCAAUGCACCCAGAUCCACAAAUGCAGGCCCAAAGGAAGUCCCAAAGGAACCCAGAACUAGAACCAGAGAAGGGAGCCCAGGACCAGCACUCCUGCCUAGAGACGUUGCUGUGGAGGUGGCAGAAGACGCUGGGGGGACAGAGGGAUAUUGUGAAGAGGCUGAAGGCCGACAUGAAGAGGGAGACAGAGAGCAUGCAGGUGAUGGCCGCCGGCCUCUUGAACAACAGACAGCACAGCCUGGACACAUGCCAAGUUCAAGCCCUUGAAGAGCACCUGGAGAUCUGGAGGCGGAGGCAGAGAGAGAUGAAAAUGCAGCUAUCUGAGAUGCAGGCCCAGUUUGACGUGGAGCGGAACCGCUCUGCCGAGUUUCUGAAAGAGAAUGACAAGCUGAGUAGACUGCUUUGCACGGUGGAGUCCUCGGUGGCUGACCUGCAGCCCCUGCUCACCUACCACCAGGUCCUAGUAGAGGACGCCAUGAAGGACAACUCUAUCCAACAUGGCCGCCACAGGAGCAAGAUGUAAAAAUAACUCUCAAAGACUGAUGAAUAAAAGUUGACAAUAUAA